CCGGGGGCGGCGGGGCGCGGGGCGCGGGCCGAGCGCGCUUUCUCUGCCCCCGCAGCGUCCUCUCGGCCUCUGGGCUCGCCUGGACCCUGCCCCCGGGCUAAGUCGGCACCAUGAGCGGCGGCAACUUGGAUGGCAACGACGAGUUUGAUGAGCAGUUGCGAAUGCAAGAAUUGUACGGAGACACCAAGGACGACAACAGCCAGAAAGAUCCCGGCGGGGAGACCGAGGCUUUCGGGCAGCAGCCGGCUGACACCCCCUACGAGUGGGACCUGGACAAGAAGGCUUGGUUCCCUAAGAUCACUGAAGAUUUCAUUGCCACGUAUCAGGCCAAUUACGGCUUUUCUAAUGAUGGCGCAUCUAGCUCUACUGCAAAUGUGCAAGACGUCAGCACUAGGGCUGCAGAGGAACCUCCGCAAAGAAAAACCCCCGAACCCAGUGAUCCCAAGAAGAGGGGAGAGAAGAGAAAGGCUGAUUCAGGGUGGUUUCACGUUGAAGAAGGGAGAAAUACAAAUGUAUAUGUGUCUGGUUUGCCUCCAGACAUUACAGUGGAUGAAUUUAUACAGCUCAUGUCCAAGUUUGGCAUUAUUAUGAGAGAUCCUCAGACAGAAGAAUUUAAGGUCAAGCUUUACAAAGAUAAUCAAGGAAAUCUUAAAGGAGAUGGGCUUUGCUGUUAUUUGAAGAGAGAAUCUGUGGAUCUCGCAUUAAAACUUUUGGACGAAGAUGAAAUUAGAGGCUAUAAAUUACAUGUCGAGGUGGCACAGUUUCAACUAAAGGGGGAGUAUGAUGCCUCAAAGAAGAAGAAAAAGUGCAAAGACUACAAGAAAAAAUUGUCUCUGCAGCAAAAGCAGUUGGAUUGGAGACCUGAAAGAAGAGCUGGACCAUCCCGAAUGCGCCACGAGCGAGUUGUCAUCAUUAAAAAUAUGUUUCAUCCUAUGGAUUUUGAGGAUGAUCCGUUGGUGCUGAAUGAGAUAAGAGAAGACCUCCGAGUAGAGUGUUCAAAGUUUGGACAAAUUAGGAAGCUCCUUCUCUUUGAUAGACACCCAGAUGGUGUGGCCUCUGUGUCCUUUAGAGAUCCAGAGGAGGCUGAUUAUUGUAUUCAGACCCUCGAUGGAAGGUGGUUUGGUGGCCGUCAAAUCACUGCCCAAGCAUGGGAUGGGACUACAGAUUAUCAGGUGGAGGAGACCACAAGAGAGAGGGAGGAAAGGCUGAGAGGAUGGGAGGCUUUCCUCAAUGCUCCUGAGGCCAAUAGAGGCCUCCGGCGUUCAGAAUCUGCCUGUGCUUCGGAAAGGGCAGGGCCUUCUAGAGUAAGGCAUUUUUCAGAGCACCCUAGCACAUCUAAAAUGAAUGCUCAAGAAGCUGCAACUGCAGUGGUAUUUGAAGAACCUAUAGAUGAAAAGAAGUUUGAAAAGACAGAAGAUGGGGGAGAAUUUAAAGAAGAUGCUUCUGAAAAAGAUGCUAAAGAAAGUGGCCCCGAAAAAGAGGCUGCAGAAGGCUGCCCCCAGAAAGAAUCGGAAGAAGGCUGCCUUGAAAGAGAGUCUGCGGAAAGCUGCGCCAAAAGAGAGCGUGAAGAAGACUACCCCGAGAGAGAGUGUGGGGAAGGCACUUCCCAAAAGGAGCUUGAAGGGGAUAGUCCUAAAAAAGAGUCUAAAGAGAAUGGCCCUGAAAGAGAAUUCAAAAAGAAGAGACUCAAAAAUGACUGUGAAGAGAAUGGCCUUAAAAAGGCCACUGAAGAGCAUGGCCCUGACGUGGCGUCUGAGGGGGAGGACAGCCCCCAAGAGGAGUCUGGAGAAGACGACUCGGAGGGAGAAUCUGAAGAUGACUCCUCUGGAAAGCAGUUUGAAGAUAGCUUUGAAAAAGAAUUUGAAGAAAAUGGCUUCAAAAAAGAUUUUGAUGAGGACGGCUCCGACAAGGAAUUUAAUGAAAAUGUUCUUGAAAAAACGGUAGAAGAAAAUGACUCUGAAAAAUCAGAAUUUGAAGAUGACAGCUCUGAAAAAGUGUUUGAUGAGGAAGGCUCUGAGAAAGAGUUUGAUGAAGAGUCAGACGAAAAGGAAGAAGAGGAUGAUCCAUAUGAAAAAGUAUUUGAUGAUGAGUCUGAUGAAAAAGAGGAUGAUGAAGAUGCAGAUGAGAAGGGGCUUGAAGAUGCUGAUGAGAAGGAGGAGGAAGAAGAUGAAGACGAAAAGGUAUUUGAAGAUUCUGAUGAAAAAGAAGACGAAGAAGCAGAUGGAAAGGAAGACGUAGAUGAGAAGAUGUUUGAAGAUGAUGAUUCCAACGAGAAGUUGUUUGACGACGAUUCCAGCGAGAAGUUGUUUGACGAUUCCGACGAGAGAGAGACUGUGGGUGGUUUGGGAAAUGUUAAGGAUGAAGGGCCCCUGUCCACAGGCAGCAGCUUCGUCCUCAGUAGUGAUGACGAUGACGACGACGAUGAUAUUUAAUCGUGAAACUUGCUUUGUAGGGAGAUUCCUCCAGCUACAUUUUGCCUAUGCUCCAGGGUAAUUACUAGUAGUGUUAGAUGAACAUGUGCAUAGUAGUAGGGUGCCAUCAGAUUAAAGCAUCGAAGUUUUCAUUGUUAGCUGUACUUAAUGAUUUGCAGUAUGUGUUAAUUGUUCAUUAAAACUUCAUAGUAUAAAAUGCAAGUAAACUGGAUACUUGUCCUUUGUCAGAUUUGUUAAAUGCAUGCAGAAUAAUAUUUUUUAAAGUAUUCUGAUUGAAGUUUGUGAUAUUCAAAAAUAAAGAUAAGUUGUUAAUAUGCAGAAACUGAAAGUUGGACUUGCGUUAAAUUACAUAUUAAAUUCUAGUUAUUGCUUCGUUCAUACUAAAGUUUAGUUUUUCUAGGGUCAGGGUCGUGAAAAAUCCCAUAGGAGUCUCCUUGCCUCCAGCUUUUGUUACCACUUAGGUCCCCAUUUCCCCUCUCUGUACCAGAACAUGUUAGUAAACUUAUCAAGCAAGUGACACUUUGGAGCUUUUCCCUGCCAAGUCCUUGCAAGUUACUUGUAUUUGUUUUCAUUUCUACCCUCUUUCUAUGAAAAUUGCCUCUUAGAUGUGCAAAAGUGAACUUCCCGAGAUCCGCGGCUUUUCCUUAUUGAAAAUAUAGAGGAGAUUAUAAUUCUAUUGUGUACCGUUUGGGCCCCUUUAGAAUUUAAUUGAAGUUAUGGGACCUCUCCCCAGAAAAAUGUAUGCACACACUGCACAACUUUUUGUAGACAGUUUUGAGAGGUUCAUGGGUCCCCUUGAGUUGAGCUACUUUUGUCAUGCAUACUUCUGUUUUUUGUUUUUGUGUUUGUUCUAGAAUCACAGUGCCUAGUACUGUGCUAAGUUGUGUAGUCCCAAUAAAAUUUUGGGCCUUUUCUGAUUGUACUUUCCAAAUUCAGUAUUGAUGAAUUGACUUCGGAUGUAGCAUUAAGAAGUUAUUCUCAUAAAUUAGAAGUAUUAAAAUAAACUGCAUUGGCUCUUUUUCAUUA